AUGCGCGCGCGCCCCGGGAGUUCCCGCCACGCCCUGAGGAGCCCCGCGGGGCGCAUGCGCACGCGCUCUGAGGCUCCCCGGCACGCGGCCCCGGGGGAGGCCGAGGCCCCCGGGGUGGCCCGGCGCCAGGGCACGCCCGGCCCACGGCAGAAGCCCCCGGCGGACAGGGAACAGGUCACUUCUUUGACGUGGACGGUCCCCGCGCGCCCGGCACCCAGCAAGGGGCCGCCCAGACCCCCUCCGGCCGCUCCCACGACUUUUGCUGCUGCCACCGCCGCUGCCACGGCCACUCUCACCGCUCCUCGAGCGACGGCGGCGCCCCGAGCCCCCGACAAGAUGUUUUCCUCGCAUUUCCUCCUCAGCAAGCGCGGGCCCCUGGCCAAAAUCUGGCUGGCCGCCCACCUGGAGGGGAAGCUCACCAAGGCCCAGGUCUUCGAGUGCAACAUCGAGGCGACCAUUGAGAAAAUCCUCUCGCCCAAGGUGAAACUAGCGCUCCGCACGGCGGGGCACUUGUUACUGGGACUGGUGAGGAUUUAUUCCCGAAAAGCAAAAUAUCUUGUCACAGACUGCAACGAAGCUUUUCUUAAAAUAAAGAUGUCCUUUCGCCCAGACUUGGUGGACCUCCCCCUGGGGAAUCUGGAGGCCAGCUACUCGGCCAUCACCUUGCCCGAGGAGUUCCACGAUUUCGACGCGCCGCCGCCCACCCUCAGCGACAUCAGCGUCAUCGAGCACUUCAGCCUCAACCAGAGCCGGGCGGAAGACAUCACCCUUAAAGAGGAAUGGCGCGCCGAGGCGAGCUUCUUCGACGAGAGUGUACUGAGCGCCCCCAGCCAGCUGCUGGAACCCAGCCCCGCCAGCCCCCGGGACGACCGCGAGCCCGCCUACGCCUGCGGAGACGGAUUCGGAGACGAGGGGAGCAAGGGGCAGAUGAUCGACAACCUGCUGCAGGGCGACGAUUACAGCCUGUUCACGGAGGACUUGAACCCAGACCAGCAGCUCUCGCUCCCACCGACCCCUGUGGAUGUCACCAUGGAGUCGGAUCCGGAUCCGGCGGCGGCGGCGGGCGGAAGAUGGGAAGAGCGAUCCAGCCCCGUGCCCGGAGCGGAGGGCGCCUUCACCUUGGAGCCCGUCGAAGCCACAGCCCGGCGGGGGAAGAGGAGGAUGAAGAAGAGAGUCCUCCUCGUGGACUCGGUGAAGGAGAUCAGCCGGCCGCUGUUCCGCAGCCAGAUCCUCGCCUUCGACGACACGCUGAGCGACACGUGCCUGGCCCCCCCCACCCGCAACCUCAUGGAGUGGAUGGACACGGGCUCCCUCGAAACCCUCUUUUCCCGGCCCGCCCAGCGCGUCAUCAGCGCCGAGCUGGAAGCGCUCUUCACCUCCAUCCUCUCACGUAGCCUUAAAAUAGAGAAAAGAGGCGAGAGGGUGACAUCUGAAGCCACGGAAGCAAGAAGCCAGAGUGGGAUAGCUCCCGCUUCCAGGGAGCACAGCGUGUCGUGGAGUCCAGUCUCAAGGAAGACCAGGAGAGACGGGAUGGAGCCGCCCCGGCCUCCGGCCGAAGGAGACGAGAUGGAGGACGGUCCGGAAAACCCCGACUUCGGACCCGCAGCCAUUGAAACAACGGUCCCCUCCACCCCGGAAGGAUUGAGGGGCGACGUCUUCUCGGAUGAAGAGUUUGAGAGCCACUCGGUGGAACUGGACAGGCUCCUCACGGACGAGGCGGACGAGGGCAAAGAGGAGGAAGAGGGCGAAGGGGCCUUCUGGAAUAAAGCCAUCCAGCUGAUGCUCAGCAGCCUGCGGCAAUCCUUCAAGGAUGGGGCCUCCCAAUUUAACUUCCUGCACCUGUCCUGGCACCAGGACCGGAAGCGAGCGGCGGUCAACUUCUACAGCUUCCUCAUCCUGAGGAAGCACCAGGCCAUUCAGCUCAGCCAGAAAGACCCCUACGGCGAUAUCAUAGUCAGCGUGGGCCCCAUGUUCGCCGAGCUCUGGGCCCCGCUGGGGUCUCGCCUCGCCCCCAGACCCCCACCCACCGCCCACCCUCCCCAGGCCCCCCAGAAACGCUCAGAGUCGGGCUCCCCCCAACCCCCAGACCCCCCAGACCCCACCGACCACCGGAAUGGAGAUUCGCCGAAAACGUUCUGACGACGAGAAGCCUUAAUUUUAAAUCUCCUUUCGGGGCGGGACGGGGUGGGGGGAAAUCCAUGGAAAAUAACCGCCCGUUUCUCGGAAUG